GGACGUACCUUCUUUAUCUAUUGACUUUGAUUUGGACCCACGCUGAAGGUCCUGUUGUCAAAGAUUGAUAGUUUGAUCGAAAGCAUUAAGUACGUUGUUGUUCAUUCAUUAUAUCCUUGCAAAAUUGUUUGGGUUGGUAGUUUGAUAAGUGUUUAAUCUUCCAAGGUCAUGUUCACUCAUGCCUCACGCUAGUAUAUGUAUACGUGUGCACAAACAAGUUAGUAAGAGAAUCAGGAUCCGAGUCGGUGAGAAUGGUCAAGAAGUGAGGUGAAAGAAUUUGCAGUGAGUAGAAGACAGCAAAAAUUGUAGCAGAACUGGUUGAGACAACAAAAAGGAGACUGAAAGGGACAGAAAUAGAGUACGCUGCCCUGAACGCUAGUUUGAUCACUUAGAGAUGCUUGGGUUAACUUUCCAAAGAAACAUAACAAAAAUCAAAACCUGCUCUUCCAUGGUCUCGACCUGCUGGCAAUGGCAUGAUCGUACUGUGUGGGGGCAAAGUUGGUUUAAGUGUCGCUUCUCUACAGAGAAAGGAUCACAUGUUGAAAUUAAGAAGAGUACAUCUCACUUUGCUCCUCUUCCCCUUCAAGAAUUAGCUCUUGGAUAUAAACCUCGAAUUAAAGGGCGAUCAUAUCUACCUGGAUCAACCUCUGAACGAUUUCCAGAAUUUCUUCGUGGACCUGAAGAGGGUAGUUCAUUUCCAAAAGCCUAUCGAGUAAAAAACUCUCAGCGGUACGAUGUCAAAGGCUGGUCACUUGUAUGCCGUCAACUUAUUGAUGAAGAGCUUGCCAUUCAUGGGGCAAUUCUUAUAAGGAAUCUUCCACUUUGUAGCAUGGAAGAUUUCCAAGAUUUUCUUCAGAACCUGGACUUCAAGUUCUUUGAACAUGGUGUUACAGGUUAUAGGACCCCACUGGGGGGGCAUGUGUACACAGCCUCGGAUGACCCUCCUGAGGUUACAAUGGAACCUCAUAAUGAGUGUUCAUAUUCACCAUUUUUUCCAAAGAAGUUAGUUAUGUUCUGUUUAAAAGAACCUGACCCAUCUUGUGGUGGUGAAACUGUUCUCCUGAAAAGCCAAGAUUUGACUGCCCUCUUGGAUCCUGAAGUGAUUCAGAAGUUUGAGGCAAAGAAGAUUCGCUAUCAAGCAUUUCUACCAAAUAAGAACACAGGAGCUGGACUUCAGAAGAGCUGGCAAGACAGAUUCUGGAUGGAUGAUCCCAAGGAAGUGGAAACAAUUCUUGAAUCAAAUGGAUGGAGCUUCUCUUGGGACAAGGGAAAAAAUCUUCGAUUCUGGUACCUUAACUCACCUGUUAUUGAACACCCUGUGACUGGGGAGAAGAUAUGGUUUAAUCAGAUAACAAGCUACAAUGCAAGCUACUUCAGAGCUCUUCCUCUGUAUGAAAAUACUGGUGAUAGUAUUGAAGAUGAUCAAUUUCCUUUUCACUGCUACUAUGGUGAUGGAUCUCACAUUGAGCCUGAGGUCCUUCAGCAUAUUCGUGAAGUGAUGUGGUCCUGUGCAGUGGGAUUUCGGUGGCGAACAUUUGAUGUUGCUGUACUGGAUAAUCAACAGGUUUUACAUGGAAGGAUGGGAUGGACUGGAGACAGGAAACUUGUGACUUCACUAAUAGAUGAAUAAAGCUGCGAAUCCUUUUUAAGGCCAG